AGUUUGCAGAGUUUACAAAAAUUCUCAGUGUUGAAAAUGCAAAUUCGCCACAUUUGCCAAUAGCAAUGUGAUGUUGUAUGUGCAGUAGUGGAUAUUUGUUGAUCAUUGACACAUGAUUGAGUGGAUGUUGUGAGAUAUUGGCGCAGAUACGAGACAAUGAAGUCCACCAUUCUGUUCCGAUCUGCUCAUGGCGUCGUUCGGAAGAAUUUGUUUAGGGAGGGCAGAGAGGGAGACACCGUCGGCAGAGGGGACACCACGCCAGAAGUUCAGGAGUGCAGUCACACGACAGUGAUUAAGGACAUGUGCGCCAACUGUGGCGCCGAUUUGCGGCAGAAUGAGAAUGGGAAUCCCUCGGAAGCGUCAGUGCCGAUGGUGCACUCGGUUCCGGAGCUGAAAGUCACGCAGCAACUCGCGGAGGAACUCGGCCAGGCUGACACUGAGCGCCUGCUAAAGGACAAGAAGCUGGUGCUUCUGGUGGACCUCGAUCAGACGCUCAUACACACGACGAAUGACAAUGUGCCCAACAACCUGAAGGAUGUGUACCACUUCCAGCUGUACGGCCCCAAUUCCCCGUGGUAUCACACGCGACUGCGUCCGGGAACGCCUCACUUCCUCAAUCGCAUGUCGCCCUUCUUCGAGCUGCACAUCUGCACAUUCGGGGCGCGGAAUUACGCACACAUGAUCGCGACGUUUCUGGACGAGAACGGGAAGUUCUUCUCGCAUCGCAUCCUGUCGCGCGAUGAGUGCUUCAAUGCGACCAGCAAAAUGGACAAUUUGAAGGCACUGUUUCCCUGUGGCGACUCGAUGGUCUGCAUCAUAGACGAUCGCGAGGAUGUGUGGAAUAUGGCGGCCAAUCUGAUCCAGGUGAAGCCCUACCACUUCUUCCAGCACACCGGCGACAUCAAUGCUCCGCCAGGACUCGCCAAACACGAGCUGGAUGGCAAAGGAAUAGACUUCACCGAACUGCAGAGUCAGAUACAGAAGAAGCAGGAAGAGAAGCUCUCGAGCGCGGCUGAAGGUGAAGCUGAUGCUCCUGAGAAGAGCGAUGAGGAUAGCGGGGUCAAGGAGGAGGAGAAGGAGGCGACGAGUGCGCCAAAAGAGGAGGAAGAGAAGCCCAAGGAAGAGCCUAAGCAGGAGAGCGAAGAGGGAGAAAGUCCCGAGAGGAGCGAGGAGAAGACAGCAGAGACUGAGACGAAGGAGGAGCCCAUCCGGAAGGUGUCCACAUCGGAGACGGACGACAAUCUGAUCGAGAUCGAGGAUGCGGACGACUACUUGCUAUACCUGGAGAACAUUUUGUUGAAGAUCCAUUCGCGCUUCUACGAGACGUAUGAGAAGACUGGAGAGAUUCCCGACCUCAAGGUUCUGAUCCCGCGGAUUCGGGGAGAAGUGCUGGUGGGACAGAAUAUAGUGUUCUCCGGCUUGGUGCCGAAUCGCAUAAGGCUGGAACACAGCAAGGCAUUCCAGAUCGCGCGGAGUUUGGGCGCGAAUGUGACACAGGAUCUCGCCGAGGGCACGACGCAUCUCGUGGCCGCCGCGUCUGGGACGCACAAGGUGAACACGGCGCGGAAGCGUGAGGGCUUGUAUAUCGUGUCGCCGGACUGGCUGUGGUCGUGCGCUGAGCGCUGGGAACACGUGGAUGAGCGGGUGUUUCCACUGGAUCCCAACAAUCCGUCCAAGAUGCGCCAGCCACCGCCACACUGCCACAGUCCGGAACACGUGGUGAGCUAUGGCGAGCGUGCGGACACCGCGAGCGAGCCCAAGUUCAUGGACACCAUCAAUCCCCUGCUGAGCUUCUCCAAGUCCGACUUGGCGGAAAUGAACAAGGAGUUCGACCAGUUCUUUGACUCCGACGCGGACUCCUCGAGUAGCGACGAGUCUGUGGAUAUGGAGAACCCACCGGAGAAGAGGAGCGUGCGGAAGAGGAGGCGCCAGGAGGAGGCGGAGAGCAGGAGACACAUCGAGGAAGAGAAGCUGAGAAUUGCAUUCGAGGCCAAUGAAGAGAGUAUCGACAAGACGGAGAACAGCUCUGAGGACGACGACGAAAUGCCGAGCACCAAAUUCCGGAGAGGUGGAGACUUGCCGUCCGAUCUAGACAUCGGCUCCAACGACGGGAGCGAAGGCAGCGAGAAUCCCCUGGACGAUGAUGACGGCGACUGGAACAUGAUGGGAGCAGCUCUGGAGCGAGAAUUCUUGGGCUUAGACUGAAUAAAGAUGAGUGAUUUGAGUUCAAAA